CAGGUUGACAGGAAGUAGUGUAUCAAACAAACACGUGAAGCAAACAGAAGCAGCAGAAAAUGGAUUCUGAAAGGGCAACAACUUCAGAAAGUGUUUCUAAGAAAAAGGGGAAAACGAAGAAAGUAAAGCGAAAGGUAAAAGCCGACGAAGCUCCGGUGCAGAAGAUGGAUCAGGCGGAGGCUGAAGAAACAGAAAAGAAAUCCGUGUCUGGAGCUUGUUUUCCUCCCACAUUCAGCGUGUCUGAGAUCAAAAACAAGCAGCGCAGACAUGCUAUGUUCCUUAAACUCAAGGAGGAGAAAAGAAAGCAAAAGCUGGAGUUGAAAAAGAAAAAGAAAAAAGAAAGAAAAGCUCUUGGAGAUCAGGCUCCACCAAAGGAAGUUCCCAAGACAAUAGAAAACCAGAGAAUAUAUGAUGAAACUACAGUCAACCCAGAGGAUGAGGAGGUGGCUUUUGAUGAAGGAACUGAUGAGUUCUCUGCUUACUUUAAUCGGUUGACAAAUCCUAAAGUUCUCAUCACCACUUCGGACAGGCCCAGAGGAAGGACCGUGAGGUUUUGUGAGCAGCUGGCAAAAGUGAUCCCAGACGCUCAUGUGUACUACAGAAGAGGUCUUGCUUUGAAAAGAGUCAUUCCACAGUGUGUAUCUAGAGGUUUCACCUAUUUGAUGGUGAUCAAUGAGGACAGGAAAGUGCCAAAUGGUUUGGUUCUCUGUCAUCUUCCUGAUGGACCAACUGCUCAUUUCAAAGUCAGCAAUGUUCGCCUUCGCAAGGAAAUGAAGAGAAAAGGUAAGGCCCCAACGGAACAUGUCCCAGAAGUCAUCCUUAACAACUUCACUACUAGACUCGGUCACUCCAUCGGCCGGAUGUUUGCUGCUCUGUUUCCUCAUGAUCCACAGUUUGUGGGCCGUCAGGUCGCCACAUUUCACAAUCAGAGAGACUUCAUUUUUUUCAGGUUUCACAGGUACAUCUUCAAGAAUGAAAAGAAAGUGGGUAUACAGGAACUAGGACCUCGCUUCACUCUUAAACUUCGCUCUUUACAGAAAGGAACAUUUGACUCAAAGUUUGGCGAAUAUGAGUGGGUUCACAAGCGCCAUGAGAUGGACUCCAGCAGAAGAAAAUUCCAUCUUUAAGGGACAGACUUCAAACACUUGGAAAGCCAUAUUGACGUUUUAAAUGGACUGUCAAAAAAUCUCAUAUUAUGAAAUGAAAGUGUUGUAGAAACACAAGCUUUGUCUUUACUGUAUUAUAUUUUCUGCUACACUUUUGUUUAUAAGAAUAUUAUAACCAGGCUGCAAACAAAGAGGCUUGGUGUGUCAAGACAUUACAAAUAAAUCAAGUGAAUACAUACA